AUGUAUAUAUUUGAAUUCGGCCGUUUGCUGCUGCUGCUGCUGCUGCUGUGUGUUGUUUGCGUGCCGCCCGGUGUGCGUUGCGUUCUCCAACCGAAGCGGCGCUAAUAAACCCGCGCACAAAACACAGUUCGUGUCAUCUGCAUCGCCCGCGCUUAUAUCGCCCGUUAAAAAUACAAGCCUGCACCUGCCCCGAUGAAUGGGAGAGAUCUCGCAGUCUUAGAUUGAUCCAGAAGAAGUAACGUCUAACGUCCGUGUGUCCGUUGUCCGCGUGUCCGGUCGCAGCAGCAGCAGCAGAUUUCGCAUCGCGUGUUCCAGAAGAAGACUCGCCCUCUCGUCGUCAUGGAGAACUUCAUCAGAAUUGAAAAGAUUGGAGAAGGUACGUAUGGAGUUGUUUACAAAGGUAAACAUAAGAAGACUGGGGAAAUUGUGGCCAUGAAAAAGAUUCGACUAGAAAGUGAGGAUGAAGGUGUUCCUUCGACUGCAAUUAGAGAGAUAUCUCUUUUGAAGGAACUCAAGCAUCCUAACAUUGUUAGUCUUAUGGAUGUACUUAUGGAAGAAUCCAAGUUGUAUCUCAUUUUUGAGUAUCUUACUAUGGAUCUUAAAAAGUACAUGGACCAAUUGGGUAAUGGCAAACUCAUGGAACCAAGUCUUGUUAAAUCUUAUUUAUACCAGAUCACAAGAGCUAUUCUUUUUUGUCAUCAACGCAGAGUCUUACACAGAGAUUUGAAACCUCAAAAUCUGUUGAUUGACAAUAAAGGUGUCAUAAAAGUAGCAGAUUUUGGAUUGGGCAGAGCAUUUGGCAUCCCAGUACGUGUUUACACUCAUGAAGUAGUAACCUUAUGGUACAGAGCUCCAGAAAUUCUUUUGGGUGCCAACCGAUACACCUGCAGUAUUGAUAUGUGGAGUGUUGGUUGCAUUUUUGCUGAAAUGGCAACAAAGAAAGCAUUAUUCCAAGGUGAUAGUGAAAUCGAUCAACUUUUCAGAAUAUUCCGUGUAUUAAAGACACCCACUGAAGAAAUCUGGCCUGGAGUUACUCAACUGACCGAUUAUAAAGCAACAUUCCCUAAUUGGAAAUCAAAUAAUUUGCAGGCUCAAGUGAAAACAUUGGACAAUCAAGGACUGGAUUUGUUGGAAGCCAUGUUGAUCUACGAUCCAGCAGCUAGAAUAACUGCUAGAGACGCUUUACUCCAUCCGUACUUUGAGGAUUUGGACAAGAGGAAACUGCCACCAGUAUAAAGAUGUAUUAUUGCUUUUUUCAGUUCUGUUUUUAAGUGUUCAACUCUUAGUUAUAAUUCGGUACUUCAAAUACCACCAAUUAUUGUACUAGGUUUUUUUUAGUAUAUUUAUGAUUUUUAAUCUUAGAUUUUACCAGCUAGUUCAUUUCAAUUAAGUUUAUUUGUAUUUUUAGUUUUAUGGAAUUUUAGCAAAUUUUUUUUUAACUCUGACAGUAAUUAUUGUGUCACUAGGUUUAAAUUGUGUGAAAAUUGAUGAUUCUUCGUUGUCUAAAAUUUUCAAUGUGUCCGUCGUUAACAGGCUUUAGCGGUUGGCACAUUCUUAAACUUGAAUACUGCAUGAAAAAACUUGAAA